GCUAGCAUGACGCAGCAGAUACAUAUAAAUACACCAUUCAGCGCUUGAGAGCCCCGAGGUUUCGUAGUGCGCGAGGUCGAGCGGCCGUUGACCUUCCAUUCUUUCACCGCGGCGGAAACAUGGCGCUGACUGGUCUGGAAAAGGUGCUGGUGUGGCUCCUGAAGGUGGUCACGGGAAUCCUUUUAAUGAUUUUCCAGUUUUUCUCCCCGCGGAGACCCGAUGAGACCGAGAGGAAGCUCCCGCCCGUCAGUAACCCGCUGCUGCUCUUGUCAGCGAUGCAGCUCGCUAAGAAGAUCCGAAGAAAAGAGGUGUCUAGCGUGGAGGUGGUGCAGGCUUACGUCGACAGGAUUCAGGAAGUCAACCCUUUGGUGAACGCGGUUGUCAAAGACAGGUUUGCCGCUGCCCUCCAGGAGGCGGCCCAGGUUGAUAAACUGAUCGAGGAGGAAACUGGAGGAGAGGAGGUGCUGGAGGACCGACUGCCUUUACUGGGUGUCCCACUGUCUGUCAAAGAGGCCUUUGCCCUCCAGGGCAUGCCCUUUACCACAGGGCUGAUCUCCAGACGAGGCGUCGUGGCCACCGUCGACGCUCCACCGGUGGCCCUGCUGAAGAGAGCGGGGGCCAUACCGCUGGGCGUCACCAACACCAGUGAGCUGUGCAUGUGGUUAGAGUCCCACAACCACCUGUACGGCAUCACCAAGAACCCGUACAACCUGGAGAGGAUACCGGGGGGAAGCUCAGGUGGAGAGGGCAGUCUACUGGGAGCAGCUGGUUCAGUCAUUGGCAUUGGUGCAGACAUCGGCGGCAGCAUCCGGAUGCCCUGUUUCUUCAAUGGUGUAUUUGGCCAUAAGACCACUCCUGGGGUCGUGUCCUGUGAGAACCAGCACCCUAAUUUCUCUGGCAGACAGGAGGAGUACCUCAGCACUGGUCCCAUGUGCCGCUAUGCUGAGGACUUGCUGCCCAUGCUCAAGAUCAUGGCGGGACCCAACGCUAACAUGCUGUCCUUAAACACGAAGGUCGACCUAAAAAAGCUGCGGUUCUUCAGCAUCCCUCACGCUGGCAGCAAUCCCCUGUUGAGCCCCGUCAGCAAAGAGCUCCUUGACAUUCAGAGGAAGGUGGUGGCGCGUCUGGAGGCUGACCUUGGUGUGAAAGUCCAAGAAGUGCGUUUCCCAGAGCUCCGCUAUAGCUUUCAGAUCUGGGACACUUACAUGGGCCUCCCUGACUAUGAGGGCAAACCUAUUGUGCCAUUUGCUACACUGAUGGGGGAUUCGGGACCACCCAAGUGGCCUCUGUGGGAGCUGCUGAAACGGAUGAUGGGAAAAUCAGAUCAUACCAUGCCUGCCAUUUUAGUGGGUCUGAUGGAGAUGAUUAAGCCAUCCAAACCCUCAGCCUUCAUCAUCCAGCAGAAGGAGAAGCUGCAGAAGGAGGUGGAGGAGCUGCUGGGAACCGACGGCGUUUUCUUUUACCCAUCUCACACCAGAGUGGCACCCAGACACCACCACCCCCUCUUUAGAAUAUAUGACUUUGCCUAUACUGGUAUAAUCAACAUCCUUGGGCUGCCAGUUACACAGUGCCCACUGGGUCUGGGUGAGGAAGGUCUGCCCCUGGGUGUGCAGGUCGUUGCGGGGAAGUUGCAGGACCAUCUGACCCUGGCUGUGGCUCUCUACCUGGAGAAGGCGUUUGGAGGCUGGAGGGACCCCGGAGCCAAAUAGAAGCACACGGUCACAGCCGUUAGCAAACCUCCAGAGCGGCCCUGGUUGGAUUAAAGAUUGCAGUACACUAUCUGCUUUGUUGCUUGCUGUAGCACACAGUCAACAAGAGGUACAAUCAGUGCAUUGAAUGUUCAAGUGGAAGAGACCAAUUUUGCAUGAAUGAAAGCUCAGCCAUUCCAACAAUUCUCAGUCGUGGUUUUAUCAUUUACCCUGUUCGUUAUGCCCUGAGCACAAGCUUUAAAAAUUUGCUCUCUUUUAUUUGAACACACACAUUAUCGUGGCAAAACAUGGACUCUGUAGAUGCCGGCAGAGGCCGGACACCUUAAGCACUUCUACUUUACAGCUUUAAUUUUACCUCAUUUUUGGACCGACAGCUGCAAGGUUACAUACAGUCAGCUGGAAGGUUCACCUCACUAAAACUAAUGCAGUGCAACAACAGUCCUGUUAUAAAUCCUGCUUUAUGAAGGUGAUUCUUGUUUUUCAGCUGUGAUGAUUGUUGAGGAUGUAGUUUGUGCUGCUGCUGAACUGUACUGCAUUACACAGAGAUGUUAUUUAACCUAGCCUCAUUGGUGUGGACAAAAUAAUUGAAACCCAUGCGAGUAUAAUGCAACAGUAACAGCAGCACAAACCUUUUCUCUGUGAAACUGUUUAAACAAAUCCAAAGAGGUCAGUUGAACUAGAGGGCAUGAGUUUUAGGUUGUGCACUCAGUAACCAGACAGCUGUGUGUGUGCAGUAGACCUAAUGUUGCCAUUUUAAAUCUCAAGAGGCCAGUACAUGAAAGGUUCAAGGUUGUAAAUACGCUGCACGCGCACGCGCGCGCACACACACACACACACAAAAAAGGUACAUGCAAGUAGACCUCUGCUCAGAUUCAGGUGAAGCUAAGCUAGAAGGUUGCUGUUGUUACCCGACUCCAUAUACAUUAAAGAAUAAUCAAAGUGUGAUUUGUCCAGGACAGACAGGUCCAACUGUUCUAGGCAGAUGACAGUCAAACACAAUGUUGAGCAAGUCUAAUCAGUCAGAAUACAAGACACCCAUGUAUCAGUGGGCAGGGCCUCUAACUACUUACUACUGAUUUAUCACAGAGUCAAUAUAACAGUUAAUGUUAAAGGAAGCAGACUUACUCAACAGUACUGUACAACAAGAAUGUUUUAACACUAACAAAAUGUACAAAACCUUUGUUGCACAAUAUUGUGAAUGUUGCAUAACGGCAGUUAAUUGAUAGUGAUGCUUGUUUUCUGCUGCAACUUGUUUGAAUAAUAAAAAAAAAAGUCUGGACCUUUUCUCUCAUAGACUCUCUCUCUCAUAGACUAAUCUUUGCAGCAGGUUUGAGGCACACUCCCAAGUCAAAAGGCUACUGACUGACUGGUGAAACAGAUCAGCUCACAACCUCUUCAGUGUACAAAAAAAAACAAGUGUUUGAGAGCGACUCAGUAUACCUUCAAUCUGAGAGAGACUUAACAAGUCAAAUCUGAAAACUGCCUGUCAUACCCUAAAAGAUAAUCCAGAUCAAGGAUUUUAGGACACAUUUUGUGUUCUGGAUAUCAUUUUUCACAAGCGACCCAUUUGCAUGAGCGAAUGUUGUGCCUUGGCGGAGGUACAUGCACACUUGUCUUUUCUAUGUAAACCAUUUGUAAGGGACAAUUUCUUGGUUGAACCGUUUCCUUGAAAUGCACGAGGUAAAAAGGUGAGCACAAUGAUCCUUCCCUAUACUGGAGGACAACAGGUUUUCCUGGUUUUCAACCACAAAGACGAACCCAGUCCCAUUUAAGCUUCAUGUUGUCAAGUAUCCGCUCCACUGCACAAGAAUUCAGUGAUUGGCUACAAGAAAGAACAAAGAUGAGAAGUGUCCCUCUGGGAUCUGUCACUUUAUUUUCUUCCUCUGAAAAAAGAUGAAAAGUUAUUAAACAUCUACUAGGAGCCUCCAAACAGAACUUGACAGCACAGAACUAUUGAGCUUUUUGUCACCUCAAUGAUGACGGUCAUUAUUGUUCCAUAAUCUGUCACAACCCAUGAUUCUGUUCUGAAAGGUGGAAACUGUUGCCAGUGUCACAUUCAUACAGAAAAAUACAGACAGCUCACUUUCUCUUCUUGGUAGACACGCCACAUGGUUGUGCCUCAGUAAAAAUGUUGAAAGGUUCCGGUUGUGAGAAUAAGGCCUCCGCUCAGACUCAAACGCUGUCACCCCCCUGACCCAGCAUCAUUCAGGAAUAGGAGGCGACGUUAAAAAAAAA